CGCGCCCUCUCUACUUUAUGUCUUGUUCCAUUUUGCCGCAUUUACAACAUGGCGCGUUUGGAUUACUGGUGUCUUUUUUGCCUGGUCGUUUGGGUGCAGGGUGCUCAUUUGGCCUUUGCUCGAUCAGAGGACGUGACUAAGAAAUGCGACGACGAAACACGAUGACCUUGUCAUUUGCUGGUUCUCCACUUGUUUUUCUCCAGAAGACGAGAGGCGGACUUGUAAAGGUAACCAAGGAACUCCCAGGAAUUGUCCUCCGUGUAAUGUCUGGCCGCACCACACUAACGGUCCCCUUUUCUUCAUCGUACGCUCACGUGUCUGAGCAGGGCUCCCAUUAUGUCGUGACUGUUGCUGUUGGAUCUCGAUCAAAUGUGAAAACAUUCUCCUGUCCGAAGCCAGCCCGCCGAUCUGGGAGUGUUGCUGAGAGAUGCACAGUGGCAGAUGGUGAGAAGCUCCCUUGUGGAGGGUCUUCAUCCAUCACUCAAGCAGAAUGUGAAGCAAACAACUGUUGCUACGAUUCAAGUAGCAGCACCAGUCCAUGCUAUUAUGCUAAUGAUGUGACUGUGCAGUGCACCCUGGAUGGCCAGUUUGUGGUGGUGGUAUCUAAGAAUGUGACCCUUCCUCCCUUGGAACUUGGCUCCCUCCAGUUGGUGGACAGUACUUCUGUUGGCUGCAGCCCUGUGACCAGCCUGUCCAGCUUUGUCAUGUACCAGUUUCCAGUCAGUACCUGUGGCAGCACAGUUCAGAUGGCUGGUGGCAAUGUGACUUACCAGAACACCAUGUCUGCUGCCAUCACUGUGAGGACUGGUCCAGAGGGCUCCAUCACCAGGGACAGUGUCUACAAGUUAUUCUUCCAGUGCACCUACUCGGGAAGCCAGGAUGUGCAAGUGGAGGCUGAGGUGUAUACUGUGGCGCCACCUCUUCCAGUAGUAGAGCAAGGGCCAUUUGACCUGGAAUUGGUCAUUGCAACAGAUUCCUCCUAUGGCUCCUACUAUGUGGAUGCUGACUACCCAGUGACCAAAACUUUGAGGGAUCCUGUUGCUGUGGAAGUGCACAUUUUGAACAGGACUGACCAUAACCUUGUGCUGACUCUUGGGGACUGCUGGGUCACCCCAGGACCUUCUGCUUCCAGCCAGUCCCAGUGGAGCCUUCUGGUGAAUGGGUGCCCAUAUACAGGGGACAACUACUUGACCAGCUUGGUGACUGUGGACAGCACAUCUGGAGUGGAAUACCCAAGUCAUUACAAGAGAUUUGUGUUUGAGAUGUUUGCUUUUGUUGAUCCUGUAGCUCAGCAAGCCUUGGCUGAAAAGGUCUUCAUCUACUGUGUUGCUGCUGCCUGCUAUCCCUCUGCAACAGACCCCUGUACUCAAAGCUGCCCUGCAAGAAGAUCUGGCAGAGCUGCAGACAAGUUGGCACAAAUUGCUUCAUCCAGGAAGAAUGUGCUCCUUCACAGUGGUCCUGUUGUCAUUGAGGCUGACCAGGUACAAACAUCCAGACUCAAGCAGGAAGGAUCUGGCAGAGGUGCAGACAAGUUGGCACAAAUUGUUUCCUCCAGGAAAAAUGUUCUCCUUCACAGUGGUCCUGUGGUCAUGGUGGCUGACCAGGUGCAAAAAUCCAGACUGGAGCAUGAAGGUAACCAUCUUGAUUCUCCUACUGGAAAAGCCCCUUUUCACACUGGAUACCUGGUGCUGGGAGCUGCAGCUACCGUGUUAAUGGUGGUCCUGAUUUUGGCUGUAGUUGUUGUGAGGAGGAGGAUGAACAGGCAGAAAGUGAAUCUCUGAAAAUUUUAAUAAACAUUUUUGGGUUACCUAA